AUGUCUGCCCCAGCCACCAACUACAAAGUCGCCGACAUCUCCCUCGCUGCCUUCGGCAGAAAGGACAUCGAGUUGUCCGAGAACGAAAUGCCCGGUUUGAUGGACAUCCGUAAGAAGUACGGUCCUUCCCAGCCAUUGAAGGGCGCCAGAAUCGCUGGUUGUCUUCACAUGACCAUCCAGACCGCUGUCUUGAUCGAGACUUUGGUUGCUCUUGGUGCCGAGGUUACCUGGUCUUCUUGUAACAUCUUCUCCACCCAGGACCACGCCGCUGCUGCCAUUGCCGCUGCUGGUGUCCCAGUGUUUGCCUGGAAGGGUGAGACCGAGGAGGAGUACCAGUGGUGUAUCGAGCAGCAGUUGUUCGCUUUCAAGGACGGCAAGAAGUUGAACUUGAUCUUGGACGACGGUGGAGACUUGACCACCUUGGUCCACGAGAAGUACCCUGAGAUGUUGGAGGACUGUUUCGGUUUGUCCGAGGAGACCACCACCGGUGUCCACCACUUGUACAAGGCCUUGAAGGACGGCAAGUUGAAGGUGCCAGCCAUCAACGUCAACGACUCCGUCACCAAGUCCAAGUUCGACAACUUGUUCGGCUGCAGAGAGUCCAUCAUUGACGGUAUCAAGAGAGCCACCGACGUUAUGAUCGCCGGUAAGGUUGCCGUUGUUGCUGGUUUCGGUGACGUCGGUAAGGGUUGUGCCAUGGCCUUGAGAGGCAUGGGUGCUCGUGUCAUUGUCACCGAGAUUGACCCUAUCAACGCCUUGCAGGCUGCUGUCUCUGGUUACCAGGUUGCCCCAAUGGAGGAGGUUGCCAGCAUUGGCCAGAUCUUCGUCACCACCACUGGUUGCCGUGACAUCAUCACCGGUGAGCACUUCUCCGUCAUGCCAGAGGACGCCAUUGUCUGUAACAUUGGUCACUUUGACAUUGAGAUCGACGUUGCCUGGUUGAAGGCCAACGCCGAGUCCGUCGUCAACAUCAAGCCUCAGGUCGACAGAUACUUGAUGAAGAACGGCCGUCACGUCAUUCUUUUGGCUGAGGGUAGAUUGGUCAACUUGGGCUGUGCCACUGGCCACUCUUCUUUCGUCAUGUCCUGUUCUUUCUCCAACCAGGUCUUGGCCCAGAUUGCUCUUUUCAACGCCAAGAACGACGAGUUCAGAUCUAAGUUCCCUGAGUUCUCCAAGUCUGGUCCUUUCGAGGUUGGUGUGCACUUGUUGCCAAAGAUCUUGGACGAGGAGGUGGCCAAGUGCCACUUGUCCCACUUGGGUGCCAAGUUGUCUGUCUUGAGCGACAAGCAGGCCGACUACUUGGGUAUUCCAAAGGAGGGCCCAUUCAAGGCUGACAUCUACAGAUACUAA